AUGUCGCACCUCACCAGACACCAGAGAAUCCAUACUGGGGAGAAACCCCACCCUUGUGCUGCAUGUGGGAAGCGCUUCAACUGCCCGUCGGACUUGGCCAAGCACCAGCACAUCCACACGGGUGAGAAACCCUUCCGUUGUGCCGAGUGCGGGGCAAGAUUUAACCAGUUCUCGCAUCUCACAAGACAUCAGAGAAUUCACACAGGAGAGAAGCCCCACGCCUGUACAGAGUGUGGCGAAACCUUUAGCCAGCGAGCGCAUCUUAUCAGCCACCAGAGAAUCCACACGGGAGAGAGGCCCUACCGCUGCACCUAUUGCCAAAAAUGUUUUAGCCACCUCUCGGCUCUUACAGUACACAAGAGAAUCCACAUGGGACAAAGACCUUACGGCUGCCCUGAAUGUGGGAAAAGAUUCAUUGCCUCAUCUGCCCUAACCAGGCACCAGAGGACCCACUCAGAAGAAAGGCCCCACACCUGUGAUGAGUGUGGCAGGAGGUUCAACCAGCUCUCUCAUCUCCACAGGCACCGACGGACCCAUUCAGGUGAGAGGCCCCACAGCUGUGCAGAGUGCGGGAAAAGAUUCAACCAGCUCUCAUCUCUCACCAGACACCAGAAAAUUCACACAGGGGAGAAGCCUUAUCCCUGUGACGAGUGCGAGAGGAGGUUCGUUCGGCUGGCCGACCUCAUUAUUCACCAGAGAAUCCAUACGGGAGAGAAGCCGUACCGCUGCACCAAAUGUGGGAGGAGGUUCCGGCAGAGACAAACGCUUGUCAAGCACCAGAGACUUCAUCCAAUAGUGAAUUCAUAA